ACAGGGAAGAAGCUGCACUUUCGCUGGCUGCAGACGCAGCGGAAAGUAGAGAGCAAAGGAGAGCCUUCAGCACCUUUUACUGACACGUACACACUAGCGAUAGACCCCAGAACUUCUGACUUCUCUCAUGUUCAUCUUAACACCUGUGUUUUCCCAAGAUUAUUUUCAGAGAAGUGACUUAUUAACAUAGAUAACAGGAGUGGAUGCUUGUGCGGUUUUUGCAGCUGGCUCUGGGCUCAUGUGACCUGGAGGAGAAGCCUUUCGUGGAACGAGCCGGAAGGAACUUCGUUGGGAGGGCCAGUACCUCCGUCCUGACCGUGCCAAAUGGAGGGAGAUUCGGAGACUGGACUUGGGUAGAAAUGUGUCCGGAGGGAUUCUACGCUUCGGGCUUCAGUGUUCGGGUGGAGUCCAAUCAGUAUGGCCUCGAUGACACCUCACUCAAUGGGAUCCGUCUGUACUGCUCCAAGGGCACAGACAGAAGCUACUUGUACACCAUUGAGUCUCACAUUGGAUAUUUCGGCGAAUGGACAGACCCGCAGUGGUGCCCCGAGGCUGGGUUCCUGAAGUCCUUCCAGCUUCGGGUCGAGCCCGAGCAGGGCUUUUUCGGGGAUGACACCUCGGCCAACAACAUCAGGUUCCGCUGCAGCAGCAACCCCACCUUGGAGGGCCGAGGGUUGGAUUGGGGCGACUACGGUGGCUGGAGCCAGGAGUGCGCGAUCGGGGGCAUCUGCGGCAUUGAGGUGAAGAUGGAGAAUUACCAGAGUGGACUGGACGACUCCACGCUUAAUGACGUGCGUUUCCACUGCUGCGCCUAGAGACGGGUGGGGCCAUGUGAUGGCACCAGCAGAGGGAGUCACGUCACCACGACCGCGGUCUGAAGUUCACACGAAAGUGUUUGCAAGUGCAUUCAAAUUCAAUGAACUAAUUCGCGCAACGGUUAAGGUUUCACUGGUAAUAACUUGUGUUUUAAUAAACAAAGGAAAUAAAAUAUGCAUAUAAACACC